AUGAGCGAAGAGAAGAGCAGUCUGAUGGAAAGCCAGCCCGAAGUGGCCCCAAAGCAAGGAAGCAAAAGGGACACUGAGUUCUACGGCCAGAUCGACUUCAAAUUAGCACGAUUGACGUUUCCAAUAGACGGCCAUGAUGAUUUCCCAAUCUAUGUCCGAGAGGUCUUCCAGAAUCACAUCAAUGACAAGGAGUUUACUGAGUCAUUCGUCAAGGGAGGAUUUCCUGGACAUGUGGAUAUUCCUCGAUUGAGACAGGGCAGAGUGGGUGGUAGUUUCUGGAGUGUGUUUGUGCCCUGUCCGGCUGAUGGCUCGAACUUCUCGGACGAGAACUAUGCUGCUAGCGUCCGAGAGACAAUGGAACAGGUGGAUGUCAUGUCUCGUGUGCAGCGAGCCUAUUCCGAUGUCUUUUCGACCCCACCGAACGGCACCACAGCCAUGUCGGCUUUCCAGGAAGGAAAGAUCAUAUCUCCACUUGGAAUCGAGGGUCUUCAUUCGAUCGGAAACUCCUUAGCUCAUCUUCGGAUCUUCUACGAGCUGGGUGUUUCGUAUGCGACGUUGACCCAUAACUGCCACAACAAGUAUGCCGAUGCUGCCAUCGUCGAAGUUCCUGGCGGCGCCAAGAAGGCCGAUCCGCUUUGGCACGGAGUCAGCGAAGAAGGUGAAAAGCUAGUAUUUGAGAUGAACCGUCUUGGUAUGAUCGUUGAUUUGGCUCAUGUGAGCGUCGACACUAUGCGUGACGUUUUAGGCGCAGGCAAGUCCGAGUGGACCGGCAGCCGAGCCCCUGUUAUCUACAGCCACAGCUCAGCGUACGCAAUUUGCCCACACCCGCGCAACGUACCAGACGAUAUUGUGGAGUUGGUCCGCGAAAAGCGCUCCCUGGUGAUGGUCAACUUCUCACCCGACUUCAUCUCAUGCACUGCAUCUGACAAUGCGAAUGGCAUUCCUGAUCUUGACCCUACUCAUACCAACCUGGAACGAGUGGCUGAUCAUAUCUUGCAUAUCGGGAAUCUCAUUGGCUUUGAGCAUGUUGGCAUUGGCAGCGAUUUUGAUGGCAUUCCGACGGUUCCUCGGGGCCUAGAAGAUGUGUCUAAAUUCCCGGCCUUGAUUGCAGAGCUUCUCAGACGCGGAGUGAGUGACAGGGAUGCAAGCAAGGUGGCCGGUGGAAAUCUGCUCAGAGUAUGGAAGGAGGUUGAUGAGGUCGCUCUUGAGAUCCAAGCCGAAGGUGCGUUACCCGCGGAGGAUUAA